CAUUAAUCGGCCGAUAAAAUGAAGUGGAUCUUCUUUGUAGCUAUUUUUACCAUCGUAGGAUUGUCAAAAUGUGGGCCCGAGUGUCGUCGAUGUGAGGAGCGUACCGAUUACCUCUGCGGCAGGACAGUGAGAAAUCGUGAAGAGGUCUACUGCACUUUUUCCAAUCCCUGCGAGAUGGAUCGACGAGCAUGCCUAAAUAGGGAAGAGUGGCGGAAAUUUUCAACAGGUCGAUGCACACGCGACUCGCCUGCUUGCACACAGUAAAGGGAAAAUCACCUGGUCCCAGGAGAAGCAGCUGAAUAUUUUUAUAAAAUUGUAUAAAUAUUGACACAAUUGACAGCACAAAAUAUAUAAGGCAGUAAUUUUGGGCAGUCUACAAUAACAGUUUUGGAACCUUUCUUUAAUACGAAAUUUUAAACCACCGCAUAAGGUUGCACAGU